UAUGGUCCAGCUGGAUGUGCACUGUUAGUACAGAAGACGACGGUUGUGGGCAACAUGGAAAGCUCGUGCGUGAACGCACUUUCAUUGAGACACUAAACUGCAUUACAGAAGGCGCUGACACGGAUCUGCGCAACACAGAGAACACACCGUGUUACACCGACAAGUGCGAGUGUGAGAUGUCUGAGUGGAGUGACUACGAGUGCUCUGAAACGGUCUGUAGCUCCGAAGGUGUGCUGGUGUCGACUCGCGGAUACUUCACCACACCCGACUGUCAGGUCAUGAGCAGCGCAGUACGCAGAGAGGACGGAGUGUGUAAGACCGAGCCGUGCGUCUGCAAGGCGGGGUCCUGGUCACCCUGGGUGUGCUCAGCCGAUAAAAACUACUGUGGCUCUACCGGGACCAAUAUGAGAGAGCGUAAGUACGAUACCAGUGAGUGUGUACUCCCAGGGUCCAUCAGCACUGACGAAGCUGGGGUCGAGACACAGAAGGGAACUCCGUGCUCAGGCAAACCAUGUUGUGGUACCAGUGCAUGGUCUGAGUGGCAAUGUUCAGUCACACUUGCAGUCGACAAGUGUAAUGCGAGUGGCAAAUACGUACGCGAUCGAACCUUCGUGAAGACGGAGGAGUGUAGCACGGCGCACGCCCAGACCGACCUGCACAACACCGACAACGUCAUCUGCCACACGGAAAAGUGUGAGUGUGAGCUUACGGAAUGGUCCGAGUAUGCUUGUUCGGAGUCCGCCUGUAGCUCCGAGGGAGUCCGAUUCUCUACUCGUGGCUACAUUACAACACCUCCAUGUGAACCGAAGGACGCUGAACUACGUCGUGAGGAUGGAAAGUGCAAGACACAGGCUUGUGUGUGCACGCCAAGUGCAUGGUCGCCGUGGGUUUGUGAUAGCAACGCCGAUGUUUGUGGCUCUGAAGGUUCGACCUGGAGACACCGCAAGUAUAAGGACGACGACUGCGUGCUACCAGAGGAUACUGAGAUUGACAGUGCAGGUGUUGAAACGCAAGAGGGUGUCAAGUGCCAGUCUAAGUCCUGUUGCGAGCUCUCAGCCUGGAGUGAAUGGGAGUGUACCGUCACGGAAGAUGAAGGCUGUGGCCUGACCGGAAAGCUGGUGCGUGACCGAGUCUUCUUGGAGACCGACGAGUGCACUACCUCGGGCGACCCAGCGGACCUACACGAUACAGACAACGCGGCAUGCCACACCAGCCUGUGCGAGUGUGAACUAUCGGAGUGGGUGGCGCAGCCGUGCAGCUGUGCGGAGUGCUCCUGUGUGGGAGAGAUUCACUCUACACGUUACUACAAGACACAUGCCGGAUGUCAAGCGAUGGACGCUGAACUCACGCGCUUGGAUGGCCCAUGUGAAAGCGAGCCUUGCUAUGUGCACCCGUCUGAAUGGACUGUUUGGGCCUGCGAUGCACCUGUUGUUUGUGGGGCGCCUGGACAUCUGUACCGAGAGCGGUCGUAUGACAUGGAGCAGGGUGUGUUGCGCGAAGGCGUGAUCCCAGAUGAGAAUGACAUUGAGAAAGACAUGGGAGGCAAGUGUCACUACACGCCGUGCUGUGAGACCACAGAGUGGAGUGGGUGGAUGUGCACUGUCAACAACGACGACCACGAGUGUGGAGUCGCGGGCAAGCUGGAGCAGCACCGCACUUACAACCAAGUCGACAACUGCACCAAUGUAGGAGACGAGACCAACCUGGUGAAGAACGACAACGAGGCAUGCUACACUGACAAGUGCGAGUGUGAGCUGAGCGAAUGGUCUGAUUUCCGGUGCUCGGAGACCGCGUGCUCGUCAUCUGGCAUGAUGGUGUCUCAGCGCUACUAUGAAACCGGGCCCGACUGUGAGGCAAAGAACGCUGAGCUUCGUCGAGAGGCAGAGGCGUGUGAAACAGAGCUAUGUGCUUGCGAGGUAUCUAACUGGACACCAUGGAUGUGUAAUGCAGAUAUGGACCAGUGCAAUGCCCAGGGAGUUACGCAGCGGUCUCGUACCUACCCCAUGAGCGAUGAUUGCGAGGUGCCGGAGACGGUUGUUGUUGACGAGACUGGGCUCGAGACACAGAUGGAUGCUGUCUGCCAGUCUACCCCUUGCUGUGGGGUGUCUGCAUGGAGUGAGUGGACGUGCACUGUGGACAACGACGACGGCUGUGGUCUCGAGGGACACUACGUGCGUGAUCGCAAGUAUAUCCGCACCGACGGUUGCUCUAUCCAGGGUGACGACACCGACCUCACAAACACAGACAAUGUCAUGUGCCGCACAGACAAGUGUGAGUGCUUGCUGAGUGAGUGGUCAGACUUUGCUUGCAGCGCAACGGCGUGCGGUUCCACGGGAGUCCUACACGCUUCACGGUGGUACAUCACCAACGACGACUGUCAGACGAUGAAUGCUGACCUGUAUACCGAAGGCGAUGCAUGUGACACACCGGCCUGCGAGUGCGAGCCCAAUGCUUGGACUGAAUGGUCAUGUGAUGUGGACAUGGCGACAUGUGGUAGCGUGGGUGUCCUCUCGCAGUACCGUACCUUCAACCUGACCUACUGUGUUCUGCCCGAAGACGUACACACCACCGAAGAUGGCCGCGAGGUGGCACAGAACGGUGUGUGCAAUGGGCCUGUGUGUUGCGAUACGACACAGUGGACUGAGUGGAGCUGCUCUAAGCACACAGAGAAGAAUGGCUGCAAUCAGAUAGGCCAUCUUGUACGCGCGCGUUCCUUCGUUGAGGAUGGCGAGUGUCUGACCGCCGGGGCUGACCUAGAUCUGCGCAACACUGCGAGUACGGAGUGUGCUACGGACAAGUGUGCGUGUGAGAUGACCCCCUGGAGUGAGUACACCUGCAACGAGUCAGCAUGUAGCUCUGAGGGUGAGAUGGUCUCCAACCGAGGCUACAUACUAUCAGACAACUGCCAGCCCAUGUCUUCUGAGACUCGCAGGGUCGAUGGAGUCUGCGAGACCGCACCCUGUGUCUGCGAGCCCAGUGCUUGGAGUGAGUGGGUGUGUGAUCUAGGUGGGAAGACACACUGCAGUGCGGCGGGUUACAACCGCAGACAACGCACAUACGACGUGAACAGCGACGACUGUGUGCCCCCCGCGAAUGUAGAAAUCACUGACGAAGCCGUAGAGCACAGCCAGGGCGACAGGUGCGUCAACACUCCGUGCUGUGAUGUGCUUGCGUGGUCUGAAUGGGAGUGCAAUGUUGAUGAGGCCGAUGGAUGCGGCGUCACUGGGCGCAUGGCACGAAGCAGAACGUUUGUGGAGAACGACCUGUGCAUGACUGAGGCCGAUGAAACUAACUUGCACGAUGUUAGCAACCACGUGUGCUCCACUGAUCUCUGCGAGUGUCCCUUGUCGACCUGGAGUGAGUGGCAGUGUGGCGUGACCACGUGCGGCUCUACCGGUACUAUGGUGAGUGUGCGAGGGUACAUCACUAGCAACGGCAAGUGUCAGACUAAGGACGCCGAGCUGACGCGCACGGGAGAGGCCUGCAGCACCGAAGCCUGCCCGUGCAAGGCGGAGAACUGGUCAUCGUGGACGUGCUCCGCUGACCUCAGCAAGUGUGGACAAAGCGGCAAGGUGCUACGAGAACGCGUGUUCAAGGACAUCUCUGGCUGCAUUCUGAACAAGGAGGCGAAGGUUAGUGCCGAUGCGACAUCGGCGGUGGAGAUUGAGGCCAAUGGUACGUGCUCCAGUACUAGUUGCUGCGAACUCACCAGUUGGUCGGCGUGGACUUGUUCUACAGAUGCCACGUGUGGCGUCGUGGGUAGACUAGGCCGCACUCGCGAGCACAUCGACGACGGAAAUUGCAGCUUAGAUGGUGAUGAAGCUGUUCUUGUCGACAACAGCAGCACUACUUGCAUGGAGGCAUGUCCCGAAUGCGAAGUGACCGAAUGGAGCGACUGGACGUGUUCUGUCACUGAGUGUGGCUCAGAUGGAGUGAACCAGCAGACUCGUGCCUACAUCCCAGCCGAGCAAUGCCAGAGUGUGGGGGCCACAAAGCUCGCCAAGACUGGCACAAAGUGUGCGACGGACGCCUGUGCGUGCGAACCCGGACUGUGGGCUGAGUGGCAAUGCAAUGCCAAUACGGAAGUUUGUGGCCAACCCGGUAACAUGGUACGCGAGAGAGUGUUCACCGACACCUCCGACUGCCAACUACCGGAGGCUGUGGUGAAGCAUAAGGACGGUACGGCGACAGAAGCUCAGCUGGCGGAUGCCUGCAAUGGACCUGUGUGCUGUAAGCUGAGCGAAUGGUCUUCUUGGGAGUGUUCGGUGUCCGGUGAGUGUGGGCAGGUGGGCCAAGAGUUCCACGAGCGCUCAAGGAUCAACACACUCACGUGCCUCCCCGAUGCGGCCGAUGUCCUUCGGGACACAGACAACAAGGCCUGCAGCACUGACAAGUGCGAGUGCCCACUCAGCCCAUGGAGUGAGUGGCAGUGCGAUGUACUGGCGUGUGGCAGCACGGGCAAACUCCGCAGUAUGCGAGGCUACGUCGUGUCUGCUGAGUGCCAGGCGAAGGACGCUCUUCUGACGCGAGUUGGAGAUGCGUGCUCGACUGAGCCCUGCAGCUGUAUUGCCCAGCCCUGGACCACGUGGUCGUGUACAGCAGACACCUCCGUGUGUGGCAGUACGGGAGUGACUGUGCGAACAAGAGACUUCACAUUCACUGACGGUUGUGUGGUGCCUGAUGAUGCGGUAACAGAUGAAGCUGGCACGCAUGCACGACAGACUGAGACGGCCGAGGUGUGCAGCGGACCCAAGUGCUGUGAUCUCAGCGAAUGGAGCGCGUACGCGUGCACUGUGGCUGGCCAAGAGUGUGGGUUAGAGGGUACCUUAUACCGAGAGCGUACGCAUGUGGUGAAGAACGAGUGUCUGCCAAACCCAAUCGAUGCGCUUCGCACAACAGACAACGAGAAGUGCUACACUGACAAGUGUGAGUGUCCUCUCACGCCCUGGUCAGAGGCUACUUGCAGCGCGACCAAGUGCUCAACGGUUGGCGUGCUGGUAUCCACCCGUGGGUACGAGACAAGCGAUGACUGUGAGCCCAAGGGAGCGUCUAUGCGUAGAGAGACUGGGCCGUGCCAGACGGCCCUGUGUCCGUGCCAGCCUUCCGCCUGGUCAGAGUGGACGUGUAGCGCCGAUGCGAACACUUGCAACUCAGUGGGCAUGCAGUGGCGCCAGCGGGUGUACGACCUGGACCACUGCAAUAUCCCAGCCACGGCUGUGGUGAGCGCUGAGGGUGUGGAGAUUGACCAGGGUGGGGCCUGCAGUGCGAAGAAGUGCUGUGCCACGACCGAAUGGGCCGAGUGGACCUGCACGGUCAGUACAGCCACAGACGGCUGUGGAAAGACCGGAAAGGAGGUGCGUGAGCGAGCCUUCAUCUCCGCCAGCGACUGCACCACCGCCGGGGCGGAGAUAGAACUGCGCACCACCAACAACGUCGUAUGCUCGUCUGACUUGUGCGAGUGUAAGCUCACCGAGUGGACGGAGUCGCAGUGUUCUGAGACAGCCUGCUCGUCCACAGGUGUGCUGGUGGCUACGCGUGCGUACAUGACCGGACCCUACUGCCAAGCGAUGGGCGCUGAAUUGCGCAAGGAAGAGGGCACCUGUGAGACAGAGGCCUGUGUGUGCGAGCCAGCGCAAUGGUCGGAGUGGCUGUGUGAUAGUGACGAGCAUAUGUGUGGCGCUGUGGGCUUCAAUUGGCGAGAGCGUGCCUACACACUAGACGAGUGUGUGUUGGCAAAGAACGUGGUUACUGACAAUGGGGUAGAGAAGCAGCGUGGUGACGCGUGCUCGUCUAAGAAGUGCUGUGCCACCAUCAGUUGGGGUGAAUGGACAUGCAGCAAGAGCAACGAGGAUGGCUGUGGCCUGACUGGAAAAGAGGUGCGUGAACGGUCCUUCAUUGAGAAUGACGGGUGCACCACAGAGGGAGCAGACGCACAGCUGCGCAACACAAACAAUAUGCCAUGCUACACUGACAAGUGCGAGUGCGAGCUGAGCCCAUGGACACCCUACAAAUGCUCAGAGACUGCUUGCAGCAGCCAGGGUGUCAUGCUGUCGACUCGAUCAUACAUCACCACACCUGAAUGCGAGCCUAAGCAGACCGCACUUAGACGCGAAGAUGGUACGUGUGAGACGGAGAUGUGCGCAUGCACCCCCGGAGAGUGGAGCGCUUGGACAUGCAGCGCUGAUGAGAAAGUCUGCAACUCAAUCGGUAAGAACUUGCGCCAUCGCACGUACGUGGAUGAGGAGUGUACACUUCCCGCAGAUCUUUUUCUCGAUGAAGCACGCAGGGAGCAACAGGUAGGUACGGCAUGUGCUGCUACACCGUGCUGUAUAGUUUCUCCUUGGAGUGAGUAUGAGUGCUCCGUGAGUGAGGAGGAGGGUUGUGGCCUGGAGGGUGUGCUUGUGCGUGAUCGCUCAUUUGUACACACAGAUAAGUGCUCGACUAAGGGAGCGGCUCUGCCACUUCGCGAUGUGAUCAACACCAAAUGCUACACCAGUCUAUGCGAGUGCACUCUGUCUGAGUGGAGUGCAUACUCAUGUAGUGCGACCGCUUGCUCUACUGAUGGAGAUAUGGUGUCAACCCGACACUACAACACCAAUGACGACUGCCAGGAGAUGGACGCUGAGCUCACACGCACGGAUGGUCCAUGUCGUACUAGCGCGUGUAUCUGCAAGACUAGUGAAUGGUCAGAGUCCGUCUGUGAUGCCAAUGAAAGUGUGUGUGGUUCCGCUGGACACAUCUCAAAGACCAAAACGUACGUGUUAACCGACGACUGUGUCCUGCCUGAAGGUGUAGUAGUGGGUGCCAAUGGUUUGGAGACCAAGCAGGGACAGGCCUGUGGCUCCACACCUUGCUGCGUGACCUCUCCUUGGGCAAACUGGGAAUGCACUGUUACCAUAGCAACCGAUGGCUGCGGCCGAACCGGUGUGCUGGUGAGAGAUCGUGUGCUUCUGCAGAACGCCCAGUGCUCAGUAGCGGGUGUCGAUGUGGCCCUACGCAACACUGACAAUGUCGUCUGCCACACCGACAAGUGCGAGUGCCCACUCACACAGUGGACUGCGUGGACAUGCUCUGAGACGGCGUGCUCGUCGGAGGGUGCGCUGGUCAGCACCCGCGGGUACAUUGUCAAUGACAACUGUCAGGCGAUGGAUGCUGAAACGCACAGAACCGGAGGCGCCUGCUCAACGAAUGCGUGUCUAUGCAAGCCGUCUGAAUGGAGUGCCUGGGCUUGCACGGCUGAUGAGAAGGUGUGCUCGUCGGCUGGAACCAUGAUGAGAGAGCGCAAGUUCGCGAUGAACGACUGUGUGGUGCCUGAGGAUAUCACAACCGAUACUCACGGCGUCGAGACGCAGACACACACCAGCCCAUGCCACACCACGCCAUGCUGCGAGAUCACCGCGUGGAGUGAGUGGGUGUGCACGGUGGCUGACGCGGCACAGUGUGGCCUCACCGGCAAGUACGUGCGCGAUAGAGCCUUCAUUGAGACUGACUCCUGCUCGACAGCCGGCGCUGACACAGGACUGCGAACGACCGAGAAUGUCGCGUGCAGCAAUGCGAAGUGUGAGUGUCCGCUUACCGAAUGGACUGACUACAAGUGUUCCGAGACGGCGUGUAGCAGCAAGGGAGACAUGUACUCCACACGGGCGUACAUUGCGGACGAGAACUGUCAGACGAUGAGUGCCGAAACCUACCGAGUGGACGGUGCGUGCGAGACAGAAGCGUGCCUGUGCAAGCCUUCUGCGUGGUCUGGAUGGCUGUGCGAUGCGAACGAGGAGAUCUGUGGCAGCCCAGGACACAACUGGCGCCACCGUGCAUACGAUGUCAAUGAGUGUGUGGUACCCGAUACUAUCGUCAUGGAUGAUGCCGGAGUAGAGACUCAGAUGGGUGGUCUAUGUGCGGCAACAGAGUGUUGCCAGACCUCCCCAUGGUCUGACUACGUGUGCACUGUUGACCUACAGACCGAUGGAUGUGGAGCCACGGGCAAGCUGGUGAGGAACCGAGAGUACCUCAAGAACGACAAGUGUACCACUGCAGGAGCCGAUAGCGAUCUGUUCAACACAGAGAAUGUCGCGUGUCACACAGACAAGUGCGAGUGCAAUCUAACGCCAUGGACCACGUGGUCAUGCUCAGAAACUGCCUGCAGUACUGAGGGGGUGAUGUUUGCCACACGGGGAUACGAGGUUAAGCCUAGCUGCCAGACUAUGAACGCAGAGACGUACAAGACCGCUGGGGUAUGCCAAACAAGUGCGUGCGUAUGCCAUUCUUCUGCUUGGUCUGAGUGGCUAUGCGAUCUGGAUAGUGACGGUUGUGGAUUGGUUGGUAAGAACUGGCGCCAGCGUAAGUUUGACACUGACCGCUGCGCGCUUCCCGCCAACAUCGUCAUCGACGCCGACGGCUUUGAGAUUCAAACGAGCGGUGUGCCAUGCUACGGCAAGAAGUGCUGCGCCACGAGCACCUGGAGUGAGUGGUACUGCACCGUAGAGACCGAGGAGAUGUGUGGACUCAUAGGCAAGUAUGUGCGCGACAGGGCCUUUGUCGAGACGGACGGUUGCUCUAUUGUCGGUGCAGAAGACGGCCUACGCAACACUGAGAAUGUGCCGUGCAACAACGACCUGUGCGAGUGUCCGUUAACGGCGUGGACUGAUUUCGAAUGUUCUGAGUCAGUGUGCUCUUCCGAGGGCGUAUUGGUUGCCACACGUGGCUACGUAACGGGACCCAAUUGUCAAACCAAGGAUGCCGAGACGUCUAAGACCGGGGGUGUGUGCAAAACGGAAGCAUGUGUGUGCACACCAUCCCAAUGGAGUAGCUGGGUAUGUGAUGCUGAUACGGAGAGGUGCGGUUCGUCUGGCUAUAACUGGCGUCAACGAGCCUAUGAUCUGGACGACUGUGUGCUGCCAGCCACUAUCGCCACAGACGCAUCAGGUGUAGAGACACAGCGAGGUGAGGUGUGCCAUGGGGCUGAGUGCUGCGUCACCUCUCCAUGGUCUGAGUUUGUGUGUACUGUAAAUAUCCAAACCGACGGCUGCGGUGUCGCGGGUAAACUGCAGCGCACCCGAACUUUCAUCGAGGACGGGCGUUGCUCUACCGCUGGCGCGGAUAUUGAGCUGAUGAACACAGACAACAUGGACUGUUCCACAGAUCUGUGUCAGUGUCCAUUGACUGAGUGGACUAAACUGAAGUGCAGUGAGACGGCGUGUGGUUCCACGGGUGUGAUGUACGCCACACGUGGCUACAUAGCUGGGCCGACAUGCCAGGUUAUGGAUGCGGAGACGUACAGAAUCGAAGGAAGCUGCGAGACUGAGGCGUGUGUGUGUUCGCCAAGCGGUUGGAGUGCCUGGGUGUGCGAUAGCAACAUGGAUGUGUGCGGCUCUGUGGGCCACACAUGGAGAGAACGCACCUUUGCCAUUGAGGACUGUGUGCUGCCCGCGAACAUCAUUGUGGACGAGGCUGGCGUGGAGAGGCAGCAGGGUGACAAGUGUGGCGCUAAGCCCUGCUGCGAGACCACUAGCUGGUCCGAGUACAUGUGCACUGUCAGGGAUGCAGAUGGCUGUGGUUUGACCGGCAAGCUGGUACGAACCCGUACGUUUGUGCACAAUGAUGAGUGCACCAUUGCUGGGGCGCAUGUCGACCUUCGCCACACUGACAACGAACCGUGUAGCACGGAUAAGUGUGAAUGCGAACUCACUCCGUGGACCGACUUUAAGUGCACGGAGACGUCGUGCAGCUCAGAGGGUGUGCUGUUCUCCACUCGAGGGUACAUGGCCACUGACAAAUGCCAAACCAAGGACGCUGCGACAUACAGAGAGGAUGGCGUCUGCACAACAGAGGCGUGUGAGUGCAAAAAUUCCAUGUGGACAGAGUGGCAUUGCGAUGCGGAUGACGCCUUCUGUUCUUCCGUAGGCGCCACAUAUCGCCAGCGCAAGUUCGAGACCGAGGACUGUAUACUGCCCACAGAUAUAGUACUUGACGAGGACGGCUUCGAAGUACAGACAGGCUCUGCAUGCACCGCCAAGAAGUGCUGUGACGUGAUCCAAUGGUCAGACUGGACUUGCAGUGUGGGCGAGCUGGAUGGGUGCAGUGUCUCUGGUGAGUACGUGCGAGACCGUGCCUAUAUCGUAAACGAUGCGUGCACAACGGCCGGAGACGACACCGACUUGCACAAUACGGAGAACGUAGCCUGUCACACGGAAUUGUGCGAGUGUGCCAUGACCAGCUGGACCGAAUGGAAGUGCUCCGAGAGUGCCUGUAGCUCAACUGGUGUCACCUACGCCACCAGAGGCUACAUGACUGGCCCACACUGCCAGAGCAAGGAUGCGGAAACGUACCGAACCGACGGCGAGUGUAAGACGGAGGUAUGCGUAUGUGCACCCAGCGAGUGGACUCAGUGGACUCGCUCAGCCAACGAGGCUGUCUGUGGCUCUGUGUGUAAGAAUGUCAGACAGCGUGCCUAUAAUGGCGAAGAGUGUGUACUACCCGAGGAUAUAAUUGUUGAUGACGACCGUGUAGAGGUACAGAUAGGCACGAGCUGCCGCGCUACCGAGUGCUGCGGUACUUCUGAGUGGUCUGAGUUUGUGUGCAGUGUGAACACACACAUGGAUGGGUGUGGCGUUGAGGGCAAGCUUAUCCGUGAACGAGCCUUCAUCGAGACGGACACGUGCUCCACGGCCGGUGCGAUGGUCGACCUGCGCAACACAGAGGAUGAAGCAUGCCACACGGACAAAUGCGAGUGUCCUAUGACACCCUGGAGUGACUAUGCAUGCUCGGCUACUGCGUGCAGUACUGACGGAGUGAUGUAUUCAACUCGAGGCUACAUCUCUGGCCCCAAUUGUCAGGCAAUGGACGUAGAGACGCGCAGAGAGGAUGGUCCUUGCAGCACAGAAGAGUGUGUAUGCAAGCCCACCAACUGGAGCAAGUGGCAAUGCGAUGCUGAUGUGAAUAAGUGUGGCUCCCGCGGCAAGAACAAGCGCUACCGCCAGUACGUUGUGAGUGAAUGUGAGCUGCCUGCAGACCUGGUAGUGAGCGAGACGGGUGUUGAGACACAGACCCAUGAGGAAGACUGCUAUGCUCCCGCGUGCUGUGAUACCAGCGCAUGGACCAACUGGGCGUGCUCUGUGAGCGAAGCACAGGGGUGCGGCUUGACUGGAGAGUAUGUGCGCACCCGCGCCUUCGUUGAGGACGGCAAGUGCAUCACCAGCGGCGCUGAUACCGACCUCUUCAAUACGAACAACGUAGCGUGCCACACGGACAAGUGUGAAUGUCCCUUGACCAGUUGGAGUGAGUAUGUCUGCUCAGAGACAGUGUGCAGCUCAGAGGGUGUCAUGACAUCGACCAGAGGCUAUGUGAGCGGUCCUAACUGCCGCACAAUGGGUGCAGAAAUGGUGCGCACAGGCGAGGUGUGCAAGACAGAUGUAUGCGCCUGUGUGCCUUCCAAGUGGACCGAGAAAGUGUGCAACGCGGACAUGGACAUCUGUGGCUCGCAGGGUAACUACAUACAGACCCGCAAGUUUGACACCACCGACUGUGACGUGCCUGAGGGUAUCGUGACUGACGCCGAUGGCACUGAGACACGCGUGGGUGAGGCGUGCCAUGGACCUGUGUGCUGUGAUGCGAGUCCGUGGAGUGGCUGGACGUGCACUGUUGGCGAUGCUGAUGGCUGUGGGCUCACGGGGCAUUACAUCCGAGAGCGUGCGUACUUGACCACAGACGAGUGCUCAAUUGCCGGUGCUAACACUGUGCUGGUGAGCAACGGAGACGACGAGUGUUCGACUGAGCUGUGUGAGUGUGAGAUGACGCAGUGGACCGAGUACACAUGCACAGAAGAAGCGUGCUCGUCUCAGGGUGAAUGGGUUGCUACCCGUGGCUAUAUCACCGCCAGUGACUGCCAGACGAAGGAUGCUGAAACGCGACGUGUCGAUGGGGUGUGCCAGACGGAGGUGUGUGAGUGCGAGCCCACGCACUGGAGUGAGUGGCAGUGUGAUGUGGAUGAGCACCAGUGCAACGCCAUCGGCAACAACUGGCGUGAACGUCACUUCGCCAUGAACGACGACUGUGUUGUGCCUGACACGGUGGCUGUGGACGCUGCGGGUGUGGAGAAGCAGAUGAGUGCUACCCCCUGCAACGCUAAGCCGUGCUGCGCAACAAGCACUUGGAGUGACUGGGAAUGCAGUGUGUCUACCGCCAACGAUGGCUGCAACCGCGAGGGCCACUACGUUCGUGAGCGGACGUUUGUGGAGACGAGCAAGUGCACCACAGAAGGCUCCGACGCCACGCUGCGCAACACAGAUAACGAAGCGUGCUUCACAGACACGUGCGAAUGCCCGCUGACGCAGUGGACCGAGUGGACUUGUAGCGUGACUGCGUGCUCGUCGGAGGGUGUGCAGGUGAGCACACGAGGGUACAUCACCGACGCCGACUGCGAGACACGUGAUGCAGAGCUUCACCGCGAACAAGACUCGUGCACUACGCCUGUGUGUGCAUGUAAGCCAAGUGCAUGGAGCCCAUGGGCUUGUGACGUGGACACUGAAACCUGUGGAAACACGGGUUUAAAUACUCGGCGCCGCAAGUUUGAUCUUGAAGGCUGUCAACUUCCAGUCGAGAUCGUCACCAACGAACAAGGCAUUGAGAUGCAAUCCGGUGCCUCGUGCGAGGGCCCUGUAUGCUGCAGCACCAACCAAUGGUCGACAUGGAGCUGCUCCUUGAGUACUCAGAAGAACGGUUGUGGCCUCAGCGGACGUCUGGAACGUACACGAGAUCACAUACUUGUGGACAGCUGUGUGGCAGAAGGAGACGACACUGACCUGUACCACACCGACAACGAAGCGUGCCAAACCGAUCUGUGCGAGUGUGAGCUUUCGGAAUGGAGUGCGUACGAGUGCAGUGAAGAGGCUUGCUCGUCUGAGAGUGUGAGCUACUCCACACGUGCUUACCUUGUGGAGGACGAUUGUCAGACCAUGGACGCUGAGCUGUACCGUGAAGACGGCAAGUGCACGACUGUGCCAUGUGUGUGCGAGCCUUCGUCCUGGACUAGCUGGGUUUGCGAUGCCGAUGAAGCAACGUGCGGUGCAACUGGCUCGACCUGGAGAUACCGUACAUAUGAUUUGGAGGCGUGCGAGAUGUCUGAGGAUGUUGUGAGCGAUGCAGAGGGUAUCGAGAUACAGCAGGGAAGCAAGUGCCACGCUAAAGAGUGCUGCCCAGUGGGCCAGUGGACUGAGUGGGUGUGUAGCAUGGAUACCAACAAGGAUGGCUGUGGAAUGGAAGGCACACACAUCCGAAGCCGAGACUACAUCACAAGCAGUGCGUGCAUGGUAAAGGGCGACAACAUCUCGCUGGAAGAGUCUGACGGUUCGUGCUACACCGAACUGUGCGAGUGUGAGCUUACUGAGUGGUCUCAGCCUGUAUGUGACACGACCGCCUGUUCCUCUGAAGGUGUGAUGCGCUCCACACGUGGCUACAUCACCAACGAGCACUGCCAGACGAAGGAUGCAGCUUUGCACAAGGAGGUGGGCAGCUGCGAGACCGAGGCGUGUACGUGCGAGCCCGAUACCUGGACGGAGUGGUUCUGUGAUGCAGAUAUGAACACGUGUGGCUCCAGGGGUGUCACAUGGCGUACGCGUACGUUUGAUCUGACGCAGUGUGACUUGCCAGCGAGUGUGGAUGCCGAUGAGAGCGGCGUGGAGACGCAGACUGGCGGGUUGUGCUAUGGGCCCAGGUGCUGUGAGAUCACCUCAUGGAGUGAGUGGACGUGUAGCAUCACAGCGACGGACGGUUGCGGUCAGACCGGCCAUGAGACCAGAACACGUGAGCACAUCGAGGAUGGCGAGUGCAUGGUCCUCGAGAAAGCCACCUUGCAAACCAGUGAUGGCGAAAGCUGCAGCAACGAGCUGUGUGAGUGCGUGUUGCAGGAAUGGUCCAGUUGGGUGUGCUCAGAAUCUGCCUGUGGCACGAGUGGCGUUCAAACCCGCACUCGCGCAUACAUUGCUGACGACGAUUGUCACACCAAUGAUGAGGCUGUCCUGACCGAUACGUCUGGCGGAGUGUGUGUCAAUGAGGCGUGUGCGUGCAUGCCUAGCUGGGCCGAGUGGACUGAGGUCUCGAGCUGUACCACAGACGAGGUGACAGGCACACAGUGUAUGAAUGUGGCUGACCAGAAGCCGGUGAACGCGCCCGUGAGUAACAUCGUCUCCGGCGAGCAAGGUGCAGAGAACUCCAAGCCGUACUGUGUGGAUAUGUGCCAGCGCAAGGGUAUACAGACCUGUGAUGCAAACGGUAUGGCUCCCACGAGCUUCACGCGUGCAGAUGCUGACGAGGCAAGUACAUGUGCGUACACGAAUGAGAUGUGCGAAUGUCCCUGUGAGGAAGUCCCCGGAGGUAACAACACACCUAUAAUUGCCGGUGCGGCUGUGGGUGCGGCUGCUGUGCUUGCAGCAGCUGGCGCUGCCAUGUGGUACAGCCGCGGUGGCAGUGAGGCUGUGGGUGCCAUGGAUAGUGCGGAUAUCUUGGGCCAGAACUUGCAGACCAACCCCGUUUACGAGGGAGAUUUGGUUGAGAUGACCAAUGACAUCUACGCCGAUUACGUUUAGGGAUAGGGUUAGGUAGCGUCUGUUCAAGACUCAAUUUGUACUUAAUAAUCAAUAUUAUAAAAUAUCAAC